AUGUCCCACGACGAUUCCUUUGACCCCGCCGCCGGCUCCGCGCCCGACCUGCAAAUCUUGGGCGACGAAAUCACCCUUCAGCCCAGCGGUUAUGUCGAGCCCGAAGCCGGAGCAAACGAGGGCAAGGAGGAGGCUUUGAUGAACCAGUUUGCCUCCUUUCGUGCCGAGCCUCUCCAAUUCCUCCGCGAAGUCUCCCUCUACGUUUCUGGCCAGGGAUGGCGUGCCUACAACCGCGUCGUCGGCCAGCCCGUCUUCUACCCAGGCUUCUCGGACAACAUGAAGUCGAUGGUCCUCGCCGCGCCCUUGCUGAAGAAGCGUAUCGCCGACCUCGCCGACAAUCGGGUUGCCGUGGAGGAAAAGGAAGGCCUGCUGAACCGGGAUGACAAGGACUACGUGGUCAAGCGCGCCCACCGGCGCAACGUUCUCGAGAGCGGCCUCCAGGAGGUCGCCGACAAGCUCACGGACGACAUGAUUUGCAAGAUGGAAAGCAAGACGUUCAUUCGCGGCGCCUACUAUCUCACGACGCAGCUCCUGACGCGCGCCUAUCACCAGGGCAUCCACGUCUCCAGCGAGGAGGUGCUGCGUCUGCGAAAGGUGGCCGACGUUGCUGCCAAGAAGAAGCAGAGCAUCAUCUUCCUGCCCAGCCACCGAUCACACGUCGACUACGUUUCGCUCCAGCUGAUUUGCUACCGACUCGGCCUCACCCUGCCCGUCGUCGUCGCGGGAGACAAUCUCAACUUCCCCUUGGUCGGCAGCUUCCUGCAGCAUGCCGGUGCCAUGUGGAUCAGGAGGGCCUUUGGCGACGACGCGCUCUACACAACCCUGGUCCAGUCCUACAUCGACACCCUCCUUCAGGAGGGGUACAACUUUGAGUGCUUCAUCGAGGGCGGCCGCUCACGGACCGGCAAGCUUCUACCCCCAAAGUUCGGCAUCCUCAGCUUCAUCCUCGACAGCAUCCUCUCGGGCCGCGUCGAGGACGCCAUCAUAUGCCCCGUCAGCACGCAGUACGACAAGGUCAUCGAGACGGAAGGCUACGUCACCGAGCUUCUCGGCAUGCCGAAGCGGAAAGAAAACCUGGCCGACUUCCUCUCCGGCGGCUCCUCCAUCCUCUCCUUGCAGCUUGGCAGGGUCGACGUCCGCUUUCACGAGCCCUGGAGCCUGCGGAAGUUUGUCGAUGAGCAGCUGGCGCGACUGCCCAAGAUCCCCCCGGGCCUCGACACCGAUCACCGGAACCCCGAGGUCAGGGCGGUGAGGGAAAAGAUGCUGCGGACCAUGGGCUACAAGGUCCUCGGCGACAUCAACGCGGUUUCCGUCGUCAUGCCCACGGCGCUCAUCGGCACCGUCCUCCUCACCCUCCGCGGCCGCGGAGUUGGGAAGCAGGAGCUCAUGCGUCGCGUCGAGUGGCUUACCGCGCGCGUCCGUGCCAAGGGCGGGCGCGUCGCUCACUUUGGCAACGCACCCCUCUCGGAGAUUGUCGAUCGAGGGCUCGAGGUCCUCGGCAAGGACUUGGUGGGUGUGGUCGAAGGGCUGCCGGAGCCGACGUACUACGCCGUCGACCGCUUCCAGCUCUCCUUUUACCGCAACAUGACGAUCCACCUGUUCAUAUACGAGGCCCUCGUCAGCGUCGCCAUGUAUACUCGCGUGAAGCUUGGAGGGGGUCCGUCCAUGCAGGAUAUUUCCUACACGGACCUGAGGGCCCACGUCCUCUUCCUCUCGUCGCUCUUCCGGGGCGAGUUCAUCUUUGCCGGCGCCGGCUUGGCGACCAACCUGGACAACACGCUCCGCGGCCUCGAGCACGACAACGUCGUUCGCCUCGACCGGGAUGCCGACGGCAACAUCACGACCAUUGGCCUCUCCCACGAGGAGAGGAAAGCGGGGCGGGAGAAUUACGACUUUUACUGCUUCCUCAUCUGGCCGUUCAUCGAAGCGAGCUGGCUCGCCGCCGUGUCCCUGAUGGGCUUGACGCCGCCGCCGGGCCAGGACGAUGACAUAUGGCUCGAGCAAAACAAGGUCCAGAACAGCGCGCAACUGCUAGGCAAGACGCUCUACCACCAGGGCGACCUCUCCUACUUUGAGGCCGUCAACAAGGAGACGCUCAAGAAUUCGUACAGCCGGUUCGAGCAGGACCAGAUGGUGCACGUCGUCAAGUCCAAGGACCCCAAGAUACCGCCCCGCGUGCAGCUGGACGCUUCCUGGCGGCCAUCCCGCGACCCCAGAACGGGCGCCCUCCGCGCCGACGGCAAGCUGUGGGACUUUACCGAGAAGAUUGCGAGCGCGCGGCGCGAGGGGAAAAACAGGCGUGACGGUGCGACGGUCAGCUCGCGCGUCUUGCACCUGACGGACGAGCUGGGCCGCAAGCUGUACGACGAGGCCGUGAGCGGCGAGGGCGCGAAGAGCAAGGUGCCAAGCCGGCUCAACAGUGAGGAGCGGGCGAUGCUCGAGAGGAGCGUGGGGGAGGCGAGGCUAAGGAGGAAGCUCGAGGGCCGAGCCAAUCUGUAA